AUGCUGCAGCAGCGGCAGCGGCGGGGCCAGGAGCGGGCUCAGCAGCCGCUGCCGGCUGAGCCGCUGCGUCUGCCGCAUCCGCUGAUGCUGUACCCGCUGCUGAGCGGCGCAAUGGCCGGAGCAGGCUACGCCGCGCCGCCAGAGGGGUUCAACCUCCAGCCUCCGGCCUCCAAUCUCCUGGCGUGCUCGUGGACUUCUAUACCCCCGACAGCAGAGCGGCCUGCAGCCACCCAGCAGGACGGACCCCUCAACCUCACGAAGCGGAAGCGGUCGCCGCCGCCGCCGCCGCCCGCUGACUCGGAUCGUCCACCAGCGCCUCCCGACCAGCCGCUCCUGCCGACGUCUCUCCUUCCGUACGGCCUGGUGACACUACCGGCCUCCCCUGCCGACUACCCGCUGGACCCGGCCUCGUGUUCACGCUCUGGCUCGGCACUGGUGGGCCAGCCGUACGGGGAAGGCCUGCCGCUGCACAUGCUGUACCCGCCGGCCAGCCUCUUCGGCUGCCUGACGCUGACGUCACCGACGGGCGUGACGUCACCCAUCAUGACAUCACCGGUGGCCAUGGACGGCGGGUCGCCGGCGGAGACCACCUGCACAUCCAGGUUAUUCGGAGCGAAAAUAAUCCGACAGCAGCGUAGGGACACCGGAGGGAAGCCACAUGUCAAGCGGCCCAUGAACGCCUUCAUGGUGUGGGCUAAGGACGAGCGGCGGAAAAUACUCAAGUCCUGCCCGGACAUGCACAAUUCCAACAUCAGCAAGAUCCUAGGGGCGCGAUGGAAAGAGAUGACCAACGAGCAGAAGCAGCCGUUCUACGACGAGCAGUCGCGGCUGAGCAAGCAGCACAUGGAGGAGCACCCCGAGUACCGGUACCGGCCGCGGCCGAAGCGUACCUGCAUCGUGGACGGCAAGAAGCUGCGCAUCUCCGAGUACAAGGCGCUGAUGCGGCGACGCCGGCAGGAGAUGAGCGGCCUCUGGUGUCGGCCGGGCCCGCUUCGGCUGCCCAGCCCGGCUGCCUCGCGCGACUCGGGCUCGCCCUGCUCCCCACCAGCGCUGCACACCCAGCUGGCGCCGCUGGUCACGCCGCGGGCGCCGGCGUAAGGCCUGUGUGUGAUGGCGCUGGGGAGCGGUGCUGCCGCCGGC